CCCCUGGCGGGGAACGCGUGCAAAAAGUCCAGCUCUUAGGCAUGUCCUUUUUGCCGAGGAGGUCGGUCGAUAAUACCGAAAUAUUUUUUUUUUUUCAAGAAUUUGACUACCUUAUUGAAAUUCAAUUGUUUCCUGUGUUUAUUUUGACAUUUGAACCUGCAGGUACUGCAAUAGGGAUUAUUGAUCAAAAGAAAAUACCAUUAAUGAUAUAAGACAUUACAAAGCUAAUACAAAAAAUCGUAGUCGUUCAAAAUUCACAAAUCGCUACAUCGUUGCAACGGUUUAUAUAGCCUUGGUUGCAACACUCGGAUCAAUUGUUACAGUCUUUUUUAAAAUCGCUUGAGACUCUCACCGAUCUAUUAUUUUGAAAUCUUCAACGGAAGUCGGAACAUCCUUUCACAUUACAAUUAUGCUUUUUGUAAAACUUCCACAUUGAGUUAAAAUAAGGCCACGAAUUGAGAUGAUUGGGAGGUUAUGGCUAGUCACCAGUCAGUGAAUCUUAAUUAUGCACAUAAGUGUUUGCAGGCUGAUCAAUCACCCAUGGCACUGCAACUGGCCUCCUUCGUCCUUCGACGCCAGUCACCACUUGCUGGGCUGCGACUGCUCAGUAGCUCUGCAGCGAUGGCUUCCCCAAAGGUUGCAGUGGUGCUGUCUGGCUGUGGCGUAUAUGACGGCACUGAGGUGCACGAGGCAUCCGCCUGCCUAGUGCAUCUCAGCAGGGCUGGCGCCGACGUCCAGUGCUAUGCCCCGGACGUCAAGCAAAUGCACGUCGUCGACCACGUUAAGGGCCAGCCGGUCGAGGGCGAGUCGCGCGGUGUGCUCCAGGAGUCGGCGCGGAUCGCUCGUGGAGAUGUACGCGACCUCAGCACCCUAGACCUCAGCCAGGCGGAUGCCGUGGUCUUCCCUGGCGGUUUCGGCGCCGCCAAGAACCUCUCGACGUUCGGCACUGAGGGCGCCGCCAUGUCAGUGCAGCCGGAGGCGGAGCGGGUGCUGAAGGAGUUCCACGCGGCCGGCCGGCCGGUAGCGCUGUGCUGCAUCGCGCCGGUGCUGGCGGCCCGCCUGGUGCCGGGCGCCCGUGUGACGCUGGGCGCCAGUGGGCCGCAGUGGCCGUACGCCGGCUCCCAGGAGGCGGCCUCCGGCUGGGGCGCCGACGUCCAGCAGUGCCAGGUGGACGAGGUGUGUGUGGACGAGAAGAACCGACUGGUCACCACGCCGGCCUUCAUGUACGACACCAAGGAGUUCCAUCGCGUCUUCGACGGCGUCGGCAAGAUGAUCGGCGAGCUGAUCAAAAUGUUGAAGUAAAAAUAUAUACUGGCCUUGGGUUUUAUCAAGGAAAAUAUGGCUGAUGUUGGCUGUUAUGGUGGUAAACUGGCGUAGAGAAGCGCUGCACUUAUUGGCGAGAGGAAAGCUUGCCGUAACUGAUUUUGUAUCACUUUUGUUGGAUUUUGUUGUAUGUCUGUGAAAUAAACCUUCAUUUUUAG